AUGUUUGUUCUGGAACACAAUGAUAAAAAUGUGAUAUAUAUGUAAAGUUUACUGCAUGUGAAUUUAGUUAAAUUGGCCUUCUGCUCUGAUUAAGUAUUAAAGGGAGUUAACUAAAUUGCAAAAUAUGGCCGACGAAGACGUUGCUGCUUUGGUUGUAGACAAUGGGUCCGGUAUGUGCAAGGCUGGAUUCGCCGGCGACGACGCCCCAAGAGCCGUAUUUCCAUCUAUCGUCGGCAGACCCAGACAUCAGGGUGUGAUGGUCGGUAUGGGACAGAAGGACAGUUAUGUCGGUGACGAGGCCCAGAGCAAGAGAGGUAUUCUAACAUUGAAAUACCCAAUCGAACACGGUAUUGUCACCAACUGGGAUGAUAUGGAGAAAAUCUGGCAUCACACAUUCUACAAUGAACUCCGUGUUGCCCCAGAAGAACAUCCCGUACUUCUCACAGAGGCUCCGCUCAAUCCAAAGGCCAACAGAGAAAAGAUGACUCAAAUUAUGUUCGAAACCUUCAACACCCCAGCCAUGUACGUCGCCAUUCAAGCCGUGUUGUCACUAUAUGCUUCCGGUCGUACCACAGGUAUUGUAAUGGACUCUGGUGACGGUGUUUCACACACCGUACCAAUUUAUGAAGGUUACGCCCUUCCCCACGCCAUUAUGCGUUUAGAUCUUGCUGGUAGGGAUCUCACUGACUACUUAAUGAAAAUUCUUACAGAAAGGGGAUACUCAUUUACCACAACAGCUGAACGGGAAAUCGUGAGAGACAUUAAAGAAAAGCUUUGCUAUGUUGCUUUGGAUUUUGAACAAGAAAUGGACACCGCGGCAACUUCAAGCUCUCUUGAGAAAAGCUAUGAAUUACCCGAUGGACAAAUUAUUACCAUAGGCAAUGAAAGAUUCCGUUGCCCAGAAUCGUUAUUCCAGCCAUCUUUCCUGGGAAUGGAAAAUGCAGGUGUCCAUGAAACGACGUACAACAGUAUCAUGAAGUGUGACGUAGACAUCCGUAAAGAUCUGUACGCCAACAUAGUAUUGUCUGGUGGCACCACCAUGUACCCAGGAAUCGCUGACAGAAUGCAAAAGGAAAUUACCUCCCUCGCACCUGCCACUAUGAAGAUCAAGGUCAUUGCGCCACCAGAGAGGAAAUACUCAGUAUGGAUUGGUGGCUCUAUCCUGGCUUCGCUGUCUACCUUCCAACAGAUGUGGAUCAGUAAACAAGAAUAUGACGAAUCUGGACCCUCCAUCGUGCACAGAAAAUGUUUCUAAACGCCAUUUCACUCGCGACAAAUAUAACACUCAGAACAUUCAAAUGUAAAACAUUAUAACUUAUAACAGAUGUUGCAAUAUUGGCAUUUUCUUUGUUAUUCAACAGGUGUUAUUGAUCAAUUACGCGUAUUUAAGAUAGAGUUAACAUAAACUUGGUGAUAUUCUGUUUGAAAGGAACAUUAAAGGCUUAACGACUUUACGAAGAACUGAGAUAAAAUAUUUGAGAAACGUAUUAAUACUUGGGUUUUGUGCAAUACGUGUUUCUGUGAUAGAUAUACCUUUUUCUAUUUUUAAA